AUGAUGUUUCUACGAACCAGUAACAAGUUUCCCUUGCUCCUAGGGAGGUCACUAGCCUCUCCCAAAAUAGCAUAUCGGUUCAAGUCAGCCAUCCCUAAAUCAAACGAACAGAUACCUGACGUCGACUCAUUUCUGACCAAAAUUGGUCGAAAUUGUAAUGAAUUGAAGGACACUUUUGAAAAUAAUUGGAACAACCUGUUCCAAUGGGAUUCCAAGACAUUGAAGGAAAAAGGCGUGAAUAUUCAACAAAGGAGAUAUAUUCUAAACCAAGUUCAAAAAUAUCGCAACAAUGAACCCAUCCACGAGAUCAAGCUGGGCAAAAAAUCAUUCUUUGGCGGUGAGAGGAAGAGAAAAGCAUUUACUGCCAAAUGGAAAGCUGAGAAUAAGCAAUAG